UAAAUAGUUUGUAGGAUAUUUUAUUUCAGUGUGUGUCUACAUAGCAAAUGGUCUGCAGUUAUAUAGCACCUUUUAAUCUUAGUGGUUCUACAAAGUGCCACACACACACACACACACACACACACACUUACGGAUGUCCUCGUCUCGUCCUCGUCUCCCUGACUGGUAGAACAGGCCUUUAUCCCCACAGACGAGCAGCAGAGCCUCCACCAGCUGGACGCCACACAGCCUGCGGCUCCCGAAACCAGCACCGGGUCUCAGCAGGGCAACGGAGCAGAACAAGAGCAGGAGCAGUCUCUCCCUCAGCAUCCUAGACGUCAUGGCUGUGGAUGUGGAGAAGAUCAUCCAGUGCAUCACACACGGAGACCAGGAUAGCGUCCUGACGCAGCUGGACCACUACAACACCGAGUUUGCACAGUGUUUCUUUUUUAAUGUGGAGGAAAGAGAGAGGAGAAAGCAACAAGAGCUGGAGGAGUUCCGCAGGAAUAAAGUGAGGGACUACGUUCCAGACCCGGACUCAGAAUUCGGCUCAGGAGAUGAAGACCGUGAGGAUCCAGACCUGGUCCUGCGAAGGCGGUUGGCUGAAGCUCUGCUCCGGUUCGUCAGGACUCGUCUCCAGCCCAGCGUUCUCAGUGCGUGUUUGCGUACACUACGUAUUCUCUCCCGUGACCGCCAGGCACUCGCGCCCUUCAUCACUGACUUGGCCAUCCUCACCCUCGCCUCCCUGGGUGGCAUCAAAACCCCACCCCUUUCUCACCAUGACAAUGAGGAGGAGGAGAAGGAGAUAGGAGAAGAGACCGUGGACAGUGUCGCGUCAAAUCCCGUCACCAACAUGGACUUCCAUGUCCAUUUCAUUGACGCUAACUCAGCAGCUCCUCAUGUAAGCUCCGCCCCCUCACACACCCCACACUGUGUGAGCGAGGACAUCACGGAGAUGGAAAGAACUGACGACAUCUACGGAGUGUUGACGAGAGGAAAGAGGGACGCCAGAGAGGAGGAAGACGAGGAGAGGAGUGAGUGGUGUGAUGAUGGAGAGGUGUGGAGGAAAGAAGCCAUGAAGACACUCUGUAAUAUCAUCUACAACAGCCAGAGGGCGCAAGAGAGGGCCAGUGCACUGAGACUCCUCCCAGGUCUUUCGGAAAAGCUGAAGGAUGGCAUUCGCUCCGUGUCGCCCCCCAGUGGUCAGUUCUAUGAGCUGCGGCUGCUGUUCCUGUUGACGGCUUUAAGGCCUGAACUCAGACGACAGCUGCGGCAGGAGCGUGGCGUGUCCAUGCUGACGGCCGCUCUGGAGCAGUGUUUGGAAGUUCAGUGGGCUGACGUGUACGAGGUGGUGGCCUGGGACUCCGAGUCGCCCCCUGUCUGUAAGGAGGUCUCUCAGCGUGCCAUUGAGAUCCUGAAAGUCCUGUUUAACGUCACGUACAGCUCGCACACACAGCAACCUGAUGAGGAGGAUGCAGCUCUGUAUCGCCGCCUAGCUGCUGUACUGCGUCACUGCCUGCUGCUGCCCUGCCAAGGGGAAGAACUGACCGAGGAACUACAGGGGCAGACGGUGAAUGUGUUGUCAGCACUCCCUCUGCAGUGUCUGGACGUCCUGCUCUCCGCUCGUCUCUCUGAGGGAUCGAGGGAAUCGGGCGGAGUCAACAUGGACUGUGUCCACUCACUGCUAUUGUUCAUGGAGAGGAGACUGGACAGAGGUCAUAAGCUGAAGGAGAGACUGACUCCGGUGCUGAACCUCCUGACUGAGAGCUGUAGGGCUCACAGAGAAACACGACACUACUUCAGACAGCAGAUUCUGCCGCCGCUGAGGGAUGUGGCGCUGAGACCCGAGCAAGGAGACACGAUCCGUAACAAAUUGGUGAGACUGAUGACGCACGUGGACACGGAGCUGAAACACUGUGCCGCUGAGCUACUGUUUGUGCUCUGCAAAGAAAACGUGGGCCGGUUCGUGAAGUACACUGGUUAUGGCAAUGCAGCAGGUUUGUUAGCAGCCCGAGGCCUCCUGAGCGGUCGCAGCUCGACUCCUCAGUCUAAGUACUCCAGCGACUCGGACUCGGACACGGAGGAGUACCGACAGGCCAGAGACAGGAUCAACUUGGUGACGGGGCGAGUCGAGGAGCCGCAGCCCGACCCCAUGGAGGGGAUGAGUGAGGAGGAGAAGGAGGCCGAAGCUGUGCGUCUUGUCGCCAUGUUCAACAGACUCUCCAGGGAUAAGAUCAUUCAGCCGAUGUCGGUGACACCGGACGGCCGACUGGCGCCUCUCUGUGGCAUUAUGAGAAAUAGCGCCCUGGAAGAGGAGGAAGAGGAGGAAGAGGAGGAGGAAGAAGAAGAAGCAGACUGUGAGGAAGUGGAUUAGGAUGUGAUCCUGAACCCUGAACCUCCAUCAUUCAGUUCCAGCUCUUAUCCAACUGUUAAUGUAGUGGACUGAAUGUGGAUUUGGUAGGGAGGUAGAUAUGCAGGUACAGGGUUGUUAAUCAGUGGCAUAGAUGGAGAGCAAAAGAAAGGGAUCACAAAAAGAUACGGGGAAAAAGAGAAAGAGAAAACUGACAGUCCGAGAUACAGUGCAGAAAAGGGAAAAGAGAUGAAGAAUGAUAUAUAACAUGUACAUAAAAGCACAGACCAUGGCAGUUCUAUAUAGAGGAUAGUGUGUGUGUGUGUGUGUGUGUGUGUGUGUAGUCACAUGAUAGCAGCAUCCCUGUAGGAAAAUAUGUAAUAAUUUUUGAAGAGAGUGAGAGUUACAGUGAGAGAGAGAGAGAGAGAGUGAGAGAGAGAGAGAGAGAGACACAAAGAAAGACAGCCAUCAUUGCAGACAGAAAAAUGCUAGCAAGGUUGCCAUGACUGCGUUGCCAUGGUAACUACAGGAAUAUGUAGUUCUCCAGAUUUGAGAUCUAUCUAUCUCUCUCCCUCUCUCUCUCUCUUUUCCAAAGACUGGAGUGUUUACCUCGGAUGAGAACUGCUGAGGUUCAAAUCUAAUGCUGUGUGAGCUGUAAUGAAAGAAUAUUAGCAGCUAAAUAAAAAAACAUUUCAUUUCCUGUA